GGAGGGGCCCGGGGGCUCGGUCAGCGGCCCCGGGGACCGCGGCGGCGACGGCAUGGAGCAGGCAGCGCCUAAGAGCAAACUGAAAAAGCUAAGUGAAGAUAGUUUAACUAAGCAGCCUGAAGAAGUCUUUGAUGUUCUGGAGAAGCUUGGUGAAGGGUCUUAUGGUAGUGUGUUUAAAGCAAUACACAAAGAAUCUGGACAAGUUGUAGCAAUUAAACAGGUCCCUGUGGAAUCAGAUCUUCAAGAAAUAAUUAAAGAAAUCUCUAUAAUGCAACAAUGUGACAGUCCUUAUGUUGUCAAGUACUAUGGCAGCUACUUUAAGAAUACAGAUCUGUGGAUUGUUAUGGAAUAUUGUGGAGCUGGCUCUGUUUCAGACAUAAUUAGACUGCGUAAUAAAACGCUAACAGAGGAUGAAAUUGCAACUAUUUUGAAAUCUACUCUUAAAGGACUUGAAUACUUGCACUUUAUGAGAAAAAUACAUAGAGAUAUAAAAGCUGGAAAUAUCCUUCUUAACACCGAGGGACAUGCAAAAUUAGCUGAUUUUGGUGUGGCUGGCCAGUUAACAGAUACAAUGGCAAAACGUAAUACUGUUAUAGGAACUCCGUUUUGGAUGGCUCCUGAAGUCAUACAAGAGAUUGGCUAUAACUGUGUGGCAGACAUCUGGUCCCUUGGUAUAACUUCAAUAGAAAUGGCUGAAGGAAAGCCUCCAUAUGCUGAUAUUCACCCAAUGAGGGCUAUUUUUAUGAUUCCUACAAAUCCCCCUCCAACCUUCCGGAAGCCAGAGCUCUGGUCUGAUGAAUUCACAGAUUUUGUGAAGAAAUGCUUAGUGAAAAAUCCUGAACAAAGAGCUACAGCAACCCAGCUGCUGCAGCAUACAUUUAUUAAGAAUGCUAAGCCAGUUUCAAUUUUAAGGGACCUGAUCACCGAAGCUAUGGAGAUAAAGGCAAAGCGACAUGAGGAGCAGCAGAGAGAACUAGAAGAGGAGGAAGAAAACUCGGAUGAAGAUGAGUUGGACUCUCACACCAUGGUGAAGACCAAUUCAGAGAGCGCUGGUACCAUGAGAGCCACCAGCACGAUGAGUGAAGGUGCUCAGACAAUGAUUGAGCACAACAGCACCAUGUUAGAAUCAGACUUGGGGACCAUGGUAAUAAACAGUGAUGACGAUGAAGAGGAAGAUGGGACCAUGAAACGAAAUGCUACUUCACCACAAGUUCAAAGACCUUCUUUCAUGGACUACUUUGAUAAACAAGAGUCCAAGAAUAAAAGCCCUGAAAACUGUAAUCAGAACAUGCAUGAACCUUACCACAUAUCCAAAAACGUUUUCCCUGAUAACUGGAAAGUCCCACAGGAUGGAGACUUUGAUUUCUUGAAGAAUCUGAGUUUAGAAGAAUUACAGAUGAGAUUAAAGGCUUUGGACCCUAUGAUGGAACGAGAAAUUGAGGAGCUUCGUCAGAGGUACACUGCAAAGAGGCAACCUAUCCUAGAUGCCAUGGAUGCAAAGAAACGGAGACAGCAAAAUUUCUGAGUUUGUUUUGCCUUCAAACAUAAUACUAGGAGUCAGUGUGGACACUGAUAACUUUGUAAAUCAGAAGGAAUUAGAUUAUAAGAGUUUUCAGAAAUCCAGUCUGUUAAACUUUCCUUCACAAGCAGUGACAAUUGCAGCAGUCAAGACCAUUCAUAUGGUGUUCUGCAAAGGCAGCAAAACACUUUACCACUUGUUUGCAUUUUCAAAUGUUUAAUGUAAUAGAAGUUUAAUCUGUUACUUCCCAGUCUUUUUCAGGUGUGUAGUGGUAACUUGGUGUUGUACAUUGGGAAUUGGGUUUUGGAGCACCUGGAAUGAUUUCUUGAUUGUGCAACACUACCGAGCCUUAUAUUGCAAUGUAUUUUUCUCCCAUUUAGUAGCAUAUUUAUUAUGUAAUCUUUGGUUAUCAUAUUUAUUUUAUGCCCGUUUUCUGUUGGGAAGUAUUAGGAUAAUAUUGUGGAGAGCAGAGUCAAAUUAGAUAAAAUUGCUAUUGUAGUAUAAUGAAAAGCUGCUUACCACUGUAUUAUCUUUUAAAACUCCAAUUUCAACAAAUACCCUGAUUCGGGACAGCACUUGAAUAUGUAUCCAGCCCAUUCGUAGCAGUAAAAUUUAGGAAUAAAGCGAGUAAUAGGCACAUGUUUUUCUGCUCUCCUGAAUCAGGGACUGUUGUAGUUGAGUAGUACAGUUGUUACACUACAGAGCAUUCUUUGAGAGGGUAUUUCUGUCAUUUGUACGCACACUGAGUCAGCUGUCAUUAAACAAGAAAACAAGUGCCUAAUCAGUUUUAAUUUUUGUUAUUCAAGAGAAGCAAUACUUACAGUCACUCCUUAAGUGUAAACUUCCAAUUGCUAUUGCAAUUCUGACCAGUAUAAACCUCUGUUUUGCACCAUAGUUUUAUAAUGAAGUAACAGCUACACUUUCUGGAUAUAUUUUUUGUUUCAUUUGGGGUUUUUUAAAUCGCUGUUUUGAGGGGAGAGGGGAAUUAUUACUACUUUGGGGUUUGUUUGUUUUCACAUUAUAGCUACAAAGGGAUAGUAAUUUAAAAACCAAAGAAAAUAAAUUGAAUACUUAUAUUUAAUAAGUAUGGAAAAGAAGCAACAUUUAAUAGUGUUCUGAAGGGUUUGUCCUGCAAUUGCUAAACAUUCAAAAUUCCUAUACUCUUCUGUUGGUAGAUUUCGGGGACUCAGAAAUGCAGGACCAAGCUCUUAAUAGCUUUUUACAAGUUCUUGUCUGGUUUAUGUUGUGGAGUAUCUAUUGGUAGAAUUUACAACAUUGUGAGAAAUAUUUCAGGCUUAGCAGAAAAUGUGAUCCACUCUCUGAACAAUCUACUGUGUUCUCUAUUGAAAUCUUUACUAUUUUUGCCUUGUAUAUAACUAACUUCACUCUGAUAGUCAUACUUCUCUAAACAAUACAGCUGAAAAGAUCUUUACAUUCAGCCUUUAGCUGUUAAACUUUCAAUGGUGACUACUGUAUGGGCAUCUUCUGUAAACGUUUUCUGGAAGUUAGUAAUCAUCUCAUACCUCUUAACAUUAAUUGUCAAUAUACGUGGACCAUUUAGAUGGAGCAGUGCUGAUUUUGGAAAUGAUGCGUUAUGUCGCAAAGCUUAUGCCAGUGGAAACAAAGAUUUCUUACAGGAUCAGCAUGGUACAGCCAUGCUGGUACCAGUACUUGGGUUUGAGCCAUACACAGCCAUUGCUGUCCUUGUCAUUCUCUCUGUGUUUGCAUGCACACCACGCUCUGACAUGUAAACCCUAGAGGCAAAUAAAUCUUAAUUGUGAUUGUUAGAACAUCCUUAUUCUCAACUCUCUUCAUACUUCUUAGAGCAAUGACCAUUCCUUGUGAAAAUGCAAGGACACAGAAGAUCCAUAAAAAUUACUUUAGGCAAGAUAAAAUGCACCUAGUAGUCCUAUGCCUCACAUUUAUACAAUGAAAUGAUGUAAAGUAAAAAAUGAUAUAAACAUAUCACUGUGUCAUUAGAUUAUAAUUGGUAUGCAGGAAAAAAAUAACAGUACCAACUUCCGCCUAUUACUAUGGUUCUUACUUAUUUAAAGUCAUUUCUACUUCUUGAACUUUCCGUUCUCAAAAACUCAAAGGUAUGUGUGCAUACAUUGAUUUGUGUAGAUAUAAACACAUAUAUAUUCGUAUCUAUAUAUAUAUAUAAGAGAAAAUAUAAAACAGGUUUAAACCAUCAGGAGAGGAACCUAGCUUGCCUUUUCUUGGUGUGCCUUUUAAACAAAGUGUCAUUGUCUAGACACUCUUACUGCAUCCUCAGCAGCUAAAUUUUCCCUUAUUCAAUCUUAAACUUUUCACAUCAAAAAUAAUACUUUGAGUAAUGUGGCUUUACAGUGUAAUAAACAAUAAUAUAAAAUGAUCACAAAUUUUGAUUUUGUGUAUUCUGAAAACUUCAGUAAUGUGGUACCCUAAAGAUGGACUGUGUAU